AUGGGGCCCAUCAGUUUUACUCUUAUGGACAUGCGGAAAGUUAAUGGUACUAUUCUUUCUCUUGAUUAUGACAUGAUAGCAAUUGAGAUACUCAGCGAACUCCCAGUAAAAUCACUUAUGAGAUUCAAGUGCGUCUGCAAACAUUGGCGUUCAUUAGUCGAAGAUAAUCCACAAUUUAUAGAUUUACACUUAACCAGAUCAAAAACAUGUCCAGGUGUCUUCAUGAAUUUACCAGUCAAGGCCCCCCGUUUUCCUUACGAAGGUGUCAGUAAAGGGGAUGAAUUGGUUUUGUUGACAGCUGACUUAUUUCUAGACAGACCAGUUGCAGUUAACACCAGGAGGAAAACAAAUUAUUUGCAUUAUGAUAUAGUUUUGGGACCUGUUAAUGGUUUGAUAUGUUUCAUUGAUACUUCAGACUACGCUGUUCAGAUAUACAACGUGUGUACCAGAGAAGUAACGCCAUGGAUUGUUUCACCAGUAUUCAUGGAGGAAAAGAUGAUGACGAAGUACGGUAAGUAUAUCGUUCUUGGAGGAGCAAACUAUCAAUUUGGGUUCGACCCUAUUACUUAG